UGUAGACUGCAUAAAUAAAUACAAGGGGAAAAAAAAAAAAAACAACCAAAAAAACAACCUUUGGGGAGCUUGGACCACCGCCAGCUUGGCUGGGUAAACUGGCCUUCGUGUGUGGAGCUGGAAGGGUGUUUUUUAAAAGGAGGGAAGCAGAAGAGAACAGCUCAAGAAUCUUGGCUCAGGCUGGGCAUAUUUCCUCCUAACUCUGGCUAAACCUCAGCACGAACGGCUGGACGGAGGAGUCGAUGCGACGCCGGGGAGGGAGGCUGCGGGGCUCUGCACCAGGACUAGGGCAGAGCUUGGAGAGCCUCAAACCAUGCUUUUCCUCUGGGCACUGGCGUUCACUGCAGUCCUGCAGGAACGAGAUCUCCUAGCUGCUGCAGACCCUGACAGUGUGUUACCUGGAAGUUUGGGAAGAGGAAGCUGGUGUAAUGAACAUGAUACAAUCCAUGAACGCUUAGAUAUUAUCGAAGAGAAGGUAAUAAAAACAGUGGAGCAUCUAGAAUCAGAAGUCAAGUCACUCCUCAACAUCAUCGGUGAGACAACAUCGAAUAUCCCCAUCGCUCCAGGAACCCCUCUUAUUGACAUUUUUGAUGAUACCAGCUGAGUGCCCUGAAGACAGAAGACAGCCGAAUGUAACAGCAUGGCCGUCAUAAACUGUUGCACUUUUGUUCCUGUAAUAAACUUGUGUUUCCAGAAUUUGAGCAGGGAUGAACAAUCCUCAGCUGUAGUUUGCCUUCUGUAUUCCAGUGCUUUAUAAUAAAAAGGUAUUUGCUUUUAGACAGUA